UUUUCUUAUAUACUCCAACCCCAUUCCUUCUUCCUCAACGUGCUUGCUCAUUCAUUCAUCAUCCAAAACCCUAGCACGUGUUCCUCAACGCCAUUCUUCAAUUUCACUCCAUGGCUACUACUCCAAACAAGUCCCUUCAAUCUCCCUCUAACCCCAACCCCCGAUCACAAUUCUCCCCCGUUACUCCUAAAACCUUACCCACUCGCAGAUCCACGCGCUUAAAUUCCAUCCUCUUCGAUUCUCCCAAUACCCCUCAUCUCCUUGAUGCAUCCAAACAAUCCCUAAAUCAACACCAAACUCCGAAAAGACGGAGAGAAUUCGGAGACAGUUCUGUUCCUGCAGCGAGAUCUCGUCUUGAUUUCUCACGCAAAGGCCAAACUGCAACACGAAAAAGUGCCGUUAAAGUACGAAAGGCAAAAUAUUCUGCUAAGUUAUCGAAGACGAGUAAUCGAAAGGGUGAAUUAGAUGAAAUUCAAUUCGCUCCACAAUCGCCUGAACUAUCGAAAAGUAGGAAGAACAAGGUGGAUGGUGAGAAAACGGUUGAACCGUUGAAGAAGAGAAACGGGAAGGGAGAAUCAGUUAAGGUUUUGUUUGCUCCGACAUCGCCUGAACAAUCGGAAAUCAAGAAGAGAAAGAGAAAGAAUGGGGUUGAGAAAACGGCUGUUACAACAAGAGGUGUGGCUAAGAGUAAAGUGGAAAAAAUUGGGAAGGUGCAGUAUUAUAAAAAAGUUGUUUAUGAUGGCGGUGAGUUUGAAGUUGGUAAUGAUGUUUAUGUGAAGAGGAGAGAAGAUGCUACAUCUGAUGAGGAAGAUCCUGAAGUAGAGGAUUGUAGGUUGUGUUUUAGUUCUGGGGAGGAUAUUAUGAUUGAGUGUGAUAGUUGUUUGGGUGGGUUUCAUUUGAAAUGCUUGAAGCCGCCGUUGAAGGAAGUUCCCGAGGGGGAUUGGAUAUGUGAGAUCUGCGAGGGUCGUAAGAUGGGUAAAGAUGUUGAUUUCCCAAAGCCUCCGGCGGGUAAGAAGUUAGUUAGGACAAUGCGUCAGAGGCUUCAAUCAAGUGAUUUGUGGGCUGCUCGUAUUGAGAGUAUAUGGAAAGAAGCGGAUGGGAGCUAUCGGUGUCGAGUACGGUGGUAUAUGAUUCCAGAAGAGACUUCUGUUGGACGACAACCACAUAACUUGAGCAGAGAGCUAUAUCGGACCAAUGACUUUGCAAACAUUGAGAUGGAAUCUGUCCUCAGACAUUGCUAUGUCAUGAUCCCUAAGCUGUAUGCCAAAGCUACCAAUGAGGGAGAUGACGUUUUCUUGUGCGAAUAUGAAUAUGACAUCCAUUGGCACAGUUUCAAACGCUUGGCUGAUAUUGACGAUGAAAAAGAGAAUUCUGAAGAGAGUGAUAGUGACGAAGACUGGAACAACAACAAGGAAUCAGACUCUGAUACCGAUGAAGAUGUUGAAUAUGAAGAGGAGAAUAUUAAAAUUGCGCAAUCUCAACCUCUAACAAGCCAUCAGUUAGCUGCUAAUGUGCACAAGGGACGGUUCUCUGGACUUCAGAAGAUAGGCACAAAAAGAAUUCCAGAGCAUAUAAGGUGUCACAAACAGACUAAUCUUGAAAGAGCAAAGGCUUCACUGUUGUUAGCAUCACUGCCUAAAUCCUUACCUUGUAGAAAUAAAGAAAUGGAUGAGAUAACUACAUUCAUUAAAGGUGCUAUUUCUAACGAUCAAUGUCUGGGGCGUUGCCUCUAUAUUCAUGGUGUUCCAGGAACUGGCAAGACAAUGAGUGUACUCUCAGUAAUGAGGAGUUUGAGGUCAGAAGUUGAUGCAGGAAACAUUAAACCAUACUGCUUUGUAGAGAUUAAUGGUCUGAAAUUGGCUUCACCAGAGAAUAUUUAUAAGGUCAUAUAUGAGGCAUUUACUGGACACAGGGUCGGAUGGAAAGAGGCACUCCGUUUGCUAAAUGAAAGGUUUGUAGAAGGGAAGAAAACUGGAGAAGAGGCUGACCGGCCGUGUAUUUUGCUCAUUGAUGAACUUGAUCUUCUUGUAACCAGAAACCAGUCGGUUCUGUACAAUAUCCUUGACUGGCCUACCAAGCCACAUUCCAAGCUAAUUGUGAUAGGGAUAGCAAAUACAAUGGAUCUUCCAGAGAAGUUACUUCCUCGUAUAUCAAGCCGGAUGGGCAUCCAGAGGCUCUGCUUUGCCCCAUAUAAUUAUCAGCAGCUUCAAGAAAUCAUUUCGAGUCGCCUCAAUGGAAUUGAUAUAUUUGAAAAGCAAGCUGUAGAAUUUGCUUCAAGAAAGGUUGCAGCUAUCUCGGGAGAUGCACGUCGUGCUUUGGAAAUAUGCAGACGUGCAGCUGAAAUUGCAGAUUAUCAUACGAAUAAGCUAGCUUCAAAUCCAGAUAAUGUUACCGAAGGAAAAGGACUUGUUGGCAUGGGAGACGUUGAGGCAGCCAUUCAAGAAAUGUUCCAAGCACCUCAUAUUCAAGUGAUGAAAAACUGUUCAAGACUAGGCAAAAUUUUCCUGACAGCUAUGGUGCACGAGCUUUACAAAACAGGAAUGGGGGAAACCACUUUUGAAAAGUUGGCAAUGACCGCAUCAUGUCUCUGUACCAGCAAUGGAGAAGUGUUUCCUGGAUAUGAUACCCUCCUGCAAGUUGGCUGUAGGCUAGGUGAAUGCAGGAUCAUUUUGUGUGAAGCUGGUGCGAAGCACAGGUUGCAAAAAUUGCAGCUCAAUUUCCCAAGUGAUGAUGUAGCCUUUUCGCUGAGAGACUGCAAAGAUCUACCUUGGUUGUCAAAAUAUUUAAUGUAGGAAUGGAAAUUUGAUUCUAUUCUCUUGAGAACAUUUUCCCCCCAUAACUUUUGUUCAAUUUUUUUAUGACUUACAUAAUUGUUAGCAUGCACUGUUGGGCCUUGUCCCUUAUCUUUCACCAAAAAAGCAUGCACUGUUGUAUGUUGGGCCUUGGGUCGUCUGUCCAUGUAUGUAUUGGUCUUGUGUUACGUGUUGCAGCCCACAAAAGAGGCGCAUCUCGGGCACUAUAUUAGACACUCUUGUAUCUUUCUCAUCGGAAUUAAUUAAUAUUACAAUUUAUUAUUUCAAUUUUCUCA